AGACAGAUAUUCAUGGAUUAAGGAUGGGGUGUCCUGUGGGCCUGAGGACAGUCUGCUAGCUUGACCUAGGUGAUAACCUGAGAACUUCAGUAUCCUGUGGCUUUAAAUCUUCCAGAGCUGCCUACUUCACAAAGUGGCAAGUUUUCUUUCUUUUGCUGAAGUUCUAAGAAGUGUGUUGCAGAGAUGUUUAAUCCAUACGUGUUAGAUAUCCCAGCUGUAAUUUUUGACAAUGGAUCAGGAUUCUGCAAAACAGGUUUAUCUGGAGAGACUGUACCCCGCCAUGUUAUCAGCUCUGCUGUGGGUCACCCUAAAUUCCAACUGCCUCUAUCAGAAAUCAGUUACCACUUUUCCAUGGGAGAAAGAGACCUGUACAAGGCUUUCCAUUUGCACUACCCCAUUGAGCGUGGAUUGGUAACAGGAUGGGAUGACAUGGAGAAACUCUGGGACUAUCUUUUUGAGAAGGAACUGAGGAUAAAACCCUAUCAACAUCCUGUGCUCAUGACUGAACCCUCCUUGAACCCAAGAGAGAUUAGAGAGAAGAUGGUGGAAGUAAUGUUUGAGAACUUCAAUGUACCUGCCUUCUAUCUUUCCAACCAUGCAGUGGUAGCACUCUAUGCCUCUGCCUCUGUCACUGGCCUUGUUUUGGAUAGUGGUUAUGGGAUCACUUGUACUGUCCCUGUCUAUGAGGGAUACUCCCUGCCUCAUGCUGUCACCAAGCUCUAUGUAGCAGGGAACGAUAUCACAGAGCACCUUACCAGGCUCCUCCUCGUUAGUCAGAAUAUCUUACCUUGCAUACUUGGCAGGACUUUAGUGGAGGACAUCAAAGAGAAUCUGUGCUAUGUAGCCUUGGAGCCAGAGAGAGAGAUGCAUAAGAAACCAGAGGAGGUACAUAAACAGUACAGACUGCCAGAUGGGAAUGUCAUUCACAUUGGACACCAGCUACACCAGGUACCUGAGGUUCUUUUUGCUCCAGACAAGCUGGGCUAUCCCAACCUAGGACUUUCAAAAAUGAUCUCUAACAGCAUUAUGAAGUGUGACACUGACAUCCAGAAGAAUCUUUUUGCAGAAAUUGUACUCUCUGGGGGCACCACUCUCUUUCCUGGGCUUGAGGAAAGACUCAUGAAAGAGUUGGAACAGAUGGCUUCAAGAGGAACACCCAUCAAGAUCACGGCUUCUCCUAAUAGAAGUUUCUCUUCAUGGAUAGGUGCAUCCAUGGUGACCUCUCUUAGCAGUUUUAAGCAAAUGUGGAUCACUUCUGUAGACUUCAAGGAAUUUGGGACAUAUGUUGUUCAAAGAAAAUGUUUUUAAAAAAUCCAGCACAGAAGGGACAACUUGAAGUGUCAACUCACAGCAGCAGCGGUGGAAGGUGACAUCUUCCCUUGGGCUUCAGUGUAGUGUUUGAUAAAAGUGA